UAAGCCUCUGUUGAACCAUGAAAAUAUCACUUGUAUAUUAUUUUGUACUCUUUUUCUCCUUACUGAAACCUUUACAAUCUGCUACUAUAUGCAAUCCAAAUGACAAGAAAGUCCUCUUACAAAUAAAAAACUACUACUCCCGCAACGCCACAACCUUCUCCACUUGGAACCCUAAAACCGACUGCUGCAAAUGGAGCAAUACUGGAUGCAACGACGCAGCUUAUCCGGGCCGCAUUACGUAUCUCUUUGUUACUUAUGAUAAUGACAUUUCCGGUACCAUUUCACCGAUGGUUGGUGAUCUCCCCUUCUUAAAGACUCUAGGAUUCUAUCAUCUGCCUAACGUGACCGGCCUUAUUCCUUCAACGAUUACUAAACUCUCAAAGCUUGAGAUACUUACUCUUACUGCCAACAAGCUUACCGGGCCGAUCCCAGAUUUCUUGAGGCAGAUCAAGACCCUUCAGCAUCUGGAUCUAUCUAAUAAUCGCUUCUUCGGUACUGUUCCCUCCUUUUUAUCCUCCCUUCCAAACAUUUUCAAGCUCGAACUCUUCAGCAACAAGCUAACGGGUACAAUUCCAGAGAGCUUUGGAUCAUUCAAGAAUAUAAGUCUGGACUUGUCCGACAACCAUUUAUCAGGUGCCGUACCGAGGUCAUUAGGCCACGCCAAUUUGACCUACUUAUCUGUGGGCCGAAAUAAGUUGACGGGGGACGUCUCGUUUUUGUUUGCAAGGGACAAGCCUCUUAAAACGAUCAACCUAAGUCGAAACAAGUUUAAGUUUGAUUUUACAAAUGUGGACUUACCCCAUGGAUUAGAAUUGAUUUACAUUUCUCAAAACAUGAUAUAUGGAUCACUUCCAAAACGAUUAGGUAAGGUGCCCCUAUAUUCAAUUGAUGUUAGUCGCAACCAGCUUUGUGGCCCCAUUCCUACUGGCUUGCAGGCUUUCAGCCCUUCUAAAUUCGCCCACAACAAGUGUCUUUGUGGUGUUCCGUUACCCCCUUGCAAGAAGUAAUGUCAAUGAUUUUAUUUUAACUUGUGAGCCGCGCUAAAGGUAUAGUACGAGGAUAAUUUAAAGGCUUUAUUCCUUAUAGAGAACGAGUCUGGAAUUUUAUGUACCUUGGCACCUUGCUAGCCAUAUAAUGGCAAAUAAUGUGAAAGAAGAUCGAUCUUAUAAUGGUUUCCUAUUAAGAUUGAAAUGGUAUUUCUUUGAACUACU